AUGCGAAGCGAAGUUGCAACUCUUCAGUUUCUAAGGCAGACAAAAGUCACUGCCCCUAAGGUGUUCGAUUACGGUCCCCAUGGGCAGACUCUUGUUGGAGUCGGAUACAUCCUUAUGGAAAAGCUCCCGGGAAAGUCACUGCGCUGGUCUCUUGCCUCUCCAGAGCAAAGGGGGGAAGUUAUGGACCAGCUCGCGGAUAUAUAUAUUGAAUUGAUAUCAUUUCCCUUUGAUAAUAUGGGGUCUUUGGACCGACCGGGGACUAAUCACAUUGGGCCUUUCGCACGAGAAUCACUGACGCACUAUGAUGACUCGCAGAUGAUUCUUCUCGGACCUUGCAGUAAUCCUAGGGACAAUCUCCGUGCUAGCAUUGAACUCAACCUGGAGUUGAUUAGGAAAGGGGAAAGCUGCGCAGGACGUGAGAUAGAUGCAUACCUAGUCCAUCGCUUUCUAUUAGAUUGCAUUUCUGAAGUUUUGCUAUACCAUAGGUUUGACGACGGACAAUUCUACUUGAGACAUGCAGACGACAAAGGUGACCACAUCCUUAUCGAUGAUGACUAUAAUAUCACGGGUAUUAUCGACUGGGAAUGGGCUUACGCCGCACCCAUAUCGGAAGCCUUUAAAUCCCCUAUUAUGCUUCUUCCCGUUGCUGAUUCUUACAAUGGAGUCAACUGCAUUGGCGAGGAUGAAUUAACAUUUGCAAGCAUACUGGAGGAGAAAGGCAACAAAGGUCUUGCAGCAAUAGUGAGAAACGGGCGCCUGCUUCAUCGGUUCUAG